UAUUUCUUGUUUAUGGUAAAAUUGAAUGGCGUCCGUUUAUCAGUUUGUUUUGAAGUUACAAACUGAAUAAUUCUGUUUUUAUUGCAAUAAUAUUUUGUCACAAGGCACAAUAAUGGAAAAUUCGGCGAAUGAGAAUGAAGCACAAGAAUCUUUUCGAUCUCCUCCUCGGCGACGUCGUUCUACUUUCUUUGAAAGAAGGGACUCCAUAGUGCCACAAUGUUUGGCAGAAAAUGUUGAUACCAAUGUUUGCAAGAACAAUCAAUUUGACGAGAAACAAAAUGAAGAACUUUCAAGAUAUUAUGAUAAACUUUUAUUGGAAAAAGAACAAUGGAAAAAAGAAGUAAAGAGCAGACGCCACAAAUAUGAUGACUUGAAAGAGCAAUAUGAGAUAGCAGCAAAGUCAUCGAACAAAUCCAUAUCCAUGUCCUUGGCUGCACUCUCAAAAGAAGACAUAGAAUUUCUCAAUGGAAAACCAAACAUAUCAAAACUGAUUGACAGCCAACAAAAACUACAUAAGUCUGUUAAGGAAACUCGUGCAUUGUACAGGAGAGCUAUUGAACUGGAUGAUGUAAUAUUGGAUUAUUGCGAGGAGAAAGUCAAUACUGUGAUGGAACAUAUUUUAGAAAACAGUACAAUAGAGCCAGUAGAAUCAAAAUCAUCAGAUAAAUUAGCAUCAGAAUCUAAAUCACCAGAAAAAAUAUUAGAAAAUGAAGCCUAAAAAAUAUAUCAUAAAAAUUGUCUACUAAUUUAUCUAUGUAUGUACCUGGCUAUUGAUCGUUAGCAGAGACAGAUUAUACAAAACAAUCUUCAACAAUGAUUGUUGUUGAAAAUUGUUUUGUAUAAUCUGUCUGUAUAUGUUAUGUUAAUUGCACUGGUAUACUCUUAUUUCGAAACAAAUUUUUGGCUUGUUUGGCACUAUUUAGGGCUAUAUACCUAUGUUUUAUUGUAAGAAUUACUUAUUAUUUAUUUCAUACCAUAGUCAGUUAUUGUCAGGCUUCGAAUUAGCUGUUUUAACUACAGCAAACUUUGGAUAAGCUUUGGACAGGAUAAAUACUGGAUGCAUUCUAACUUUAAUGUAAAUAUCUACUAAAUACUAUAUUUAAGUAAUGUAGUGGCAAAAGAAUACAUAUUCUUGUUUGUGAAUGUUCAUAAUAUAUAUUUUGUAAUGUCUUGUUGUUGCCUUUGUCAACUAAGCAUUUUUACUGUUGCUUACUCGUAUUGGGUGAAAUUGUGGUUUGAUAACAAUAUAGCUAUAAAUUAACAUAACUCAGAUAAGACUUGACAAACCUGUAAGAAUAGAUAUUGUAGGCACAUGCUGUAAAGCGACCUGUUUGUAAAAAUAAUUAUUAAUGAAUGAAUUUAUACUUGUUCAUUUUUAAGCUGUAAAUAUAGUAUAUUGCCAUGUACUUUGUACAUAGUUAAACUAGUAUAGUGUAAAUAAUAAAAUACUAACACUGCA